CAUGUAUGUGUGUACUGGAUCUUAGCCCCUCACUCCGAUCCGUUUGUUUGAUGGCGGGGCAGCGUUGCGACCCAGCCCAUGACAAGACAGCUUUUCCAAAAAAGAAAAGAAUAAAAAUAAAAAUAAAUAAAAGUCCCCCGCCAACCUUGUCACAUACAUUCUCAUAGCAUCACUGCCUGCAGUCCUGUAGGCAAACCCCCAGCCAGUCAAACUGUCACUCCCUCGUUUGUUCCGACCAGCUUUUCGAAGCAUUGCAUCGCUUAGAACGUCCGCAAUGGCUGCCAUUUCGUCUCAGAGCUACACUCCUGCUGAGGAGACGGAGAUCCAGCAGUGGUCCACCACCGCUGACCGUCUCAAGUCCUCGCCGUCUGACUCCUCCAUCCUCGAGUCCCUGAACACCCACCUCUCCACGCGCACCACCCUCCUCGGCACCAAGCCGUCCAAGGCCGACGUUUCCAUCUACGACGCUCUUGCUCCCGUCGUUGCCGGCUGGACUCCCGAGCAGCGCACCGGCGAGCACGGCCACCCCCACAUCGUCCGUCACCUCGACUUCGUCCAGAACUCAAACGUCUUCGAGAAGGACAUCAAGGACGGCGAGAAACUCACUGUCGACCCCGAGCAUGUUCUCUACGUCAAGCCCCCAGUCGAUGCCAAGGCCGAGAAGAAGAAGCUGAAGGAGAAGGAGGCCGCCGCCGCCGCCGCCGCAAAGGCUGCCCCCGCUGGUGCUGAGGGUGCUACCCUUGUUGACCGCACCAAGGCCGCUGCUGAGGCCGUCAAGGACACCGUCGUUCAGGCCGCAAACUCUGCUGCGGCCGCUGUUGGUGUCGGCGCUGAGCAGCAACAGCAGCAGAAGCCCAAGAAGGAGAAGAAGGAGAAGCAGCCCAAGCCCCAAAAGGCCCCCGCCGCCGCCGCCGCACCCACACCCGCUCUCAUUGAUCUCCGAGUCGGACAUAUCCUCAAGGCCAUCAAGCACCCUGAAGCCGACAGCUUGUACGUCUCCACCAUCGCCAUGGGUGAUAAGGAAGCUACCGAGGACUACGUAGAGUACGAAGGUCAGAUUUGCCGAACUGUCUGCUCCGGCCUCAACGGCCUGGUGCCCCUUGAGGAGAUGCAAGGUCGCAAGGUCGUCGUUGUCGCCAACUUGAAGCCUGUCAAGAUGCGUGGUAUCAAGUCAUGUGCCAUGGUUCUUGCAGCAUCGCCCAAGUUGAAGGAGGGCGAGGUCGAUGACCACAAGGGACCCGUCGAACUUGCUAGCCCGCCCGAGGGCGCAGUCGCUGGUGAGCGCGUCUACUUCGAGGGUUGGGAAGGCGAACCUGAGGGCGUACUGAACCCGAAGAAGAAGGUUUGGGAGACAUUCCAGCCCGGGUUCACAACUACAGACGGCUUGGAGGUUGCAUUCGAUGCUGGCGAGGUCAAGGAGACUGGAAAGACAGGAUUUGGCAAGCUGGUCACAAAGAGUGGCGGCGUGUGUACGGUCAAGAGUUUGAAGGGUGCUACUGUGCGAUAAACAAUAAAUGUCCUGCCGUGUUAAACCGAGCUGCGAGAAGGGCAGGAUCAAUAUCAAUACCUUGUUGUUGGCUGAGAUCCAGGCGACCAACUCAAUUCAUAGAAAUGCCCUCCUGAUCUACUUUAUUACUCUGGGAUACUGCUAUAACAUAUCUGUCUGGCCUGGCAUGUAAUCUGUGCGACUUUUUCCUUCGUCACUAUACUUAUGGCUGGUCAUCAGUGGAACAAGCAGUGUAUCAACUCUAAUUUAUUUGAACUCAACUAAAGG